AUGGAGAAAACAAAGCGGGAUGUUCUUGACUCGACCGGGGAAGGCUUGCCCCCUCCCCAGGACAUGGCCUCGCACCAGUCUAAGCGUGUCAAAAUGGGUAAUGGGGAACCCGGCGCCGUGGAACUCUGGAGACACCCAGAUCCAAAGUCCACGCCGAUGUGGAAAUUCCUCGAGCACGUCAACUCGACCAGGUCCCUCAGCCUCCAGAACUACGCGCAGCUGCACAAGUGGUCCACCACCGAUCCCGCCGCCUUUUGGGGCGAUGUCUGGGACUAUGCCGGCAUCGUGGCUUCCAAGCCCUACGACGAGGUCCUGCCCGCGGGUGGCAUGUUCCCGAGGCCCAAUUUCUUCAGCGGCGCCCUCUUGAACUUCGCCGAGAACCUCUUGUUCCCGCCGGGCAUCGAUAUCGACCCUUCGUCCGUUGCCGUCAUCACCGCGACCGAGAUCGACGAGAAGGAGACGACCUGGGCCGAGCUUCGGGACAUGGUCAACCGGUGUACCGCGUCGCUGCGGGCCGCCGGGCUCCAGCGCGGAGACGUCGUGGCGGGCUACAUCUCCAACCACGUCGAGGGCCUCGUCGCUGCGUUGGGCGCCGCCAGCAUCGGUGCUUUGUGGACCGGUAUCAGCCCGGACAAUGGCGUCAGCGCUGUGCUCGAUCGGCUUGUCCAGGUCAGGCCCCGGGUGCUGUUCGCCGACAAUGCCACGACCUACAACGGCAAGUCGUGGGCCAGCACGACCAAGACCCUGGAGAUAGUCGGGGAGCUCAAGAAGCACGGUCUCGAGCUUGUAGUUGUUACCAGAAAUCUGCAGUCCGUCGACUUGUCCCUGGAUGAGAUCCGUUCUCUCGGCGUCAAAGCCGACGAUUUUGCCGAGUUUCUGGCGGCAGCGCAGGUAGAACAGAACGGUACAGGUUCGCAGCAGCAGCAGCAUUUUGAGCAGCUACCAUCUGACCAUCCGCUAUUUAUCCUUUAUUCGUCGGGAACGACAGGUGUACCAAAGGCGAUUGUACACUCGGCUUUAGGGACUCUGAUCCAGCACAAGAAAGAACACCUCCUUCAUGGCUCACUAAACUCCCAGUCGCGAAUGCUCUACUUUACAACUACAUCAUGGAUGAUGUGGCACUGGAGCAUAACCGCCCUCUCAGUCGGCACAUCCUUGGUUCUAUAUUCGGGCUCUCCGUUCCGUCCAGACGGCUACUUGUCACUUCCGAACCUACUCUCCAAACUCAAGGUAACCCACUUUGGCACUUCGGCAGCAUACCUGACCGCUCUCGAAGCAAACAAAAUCUACCCCGUACGCGAGCCGGGGAUCGAUCUUUCUUCACUCGAGGGCAUCUACUCCACCGCCGCUCCUCUACCGCCCUCCACCUUUGCAUUUGUAUACGAGGCAUUCCCUUCCAAGAUCCACCUGGCCUCGAUAACCGGUGGCACGGAUAUCAUCUCCCUCUUCGGCGCGCCAUGUCCGCUGCUGCCUGUCCGCGCGGGCGAGGUCCAAUGCGCCGGCCUGGGCAUGGCCGUAGCCGUAGUAGACUCUGCGUCGGAUCCGGACAAGCCUGUGUUCGUCACGGACGGCGAGCCGGGCGACCUCGUCUGCACGGUGCCCUUCCCCUGCCAGCCGCUGACCUUCUUUGGCGACGACGGCGACGAAAAGUACCGCAAGGCGUACUUUGAGCGCUUCCCCGGCAUGUGGCACCACGGCGAUUUCGUCCGCCAGGUGGACGGGCCCUCGGGUGGGCUCGUCAUGCUCGGCCGGUCCGACGGCGUACUCAAGCCGGCCGGCGUGCGUUUUGGCUCCGCCGAGAUCUACAACAUUCUCGCGAAGUUCUUCCCCGGUGACGUCGAGGAUGCGCUCUGCGUCGGCCGGAGGCGCGAGGCAGACACGGACGAGGCGGUCUGCUUGUUUGUCGUCCCCGCCGACGGCAAGGUCUUUGACGACGAACUCAAGGGCCGGAUAAAGACGACGAUUCGUAACGAGCUGAGUCCCCGGCACGUCCCUGCGUUUAUAGAGGAGGCCAAGGGCGGUAUUCCCAAGACGGGCAAUGGGAAAAAGAUCGAGGUUGCGGUAAAGCAGAUCAUCUCGGGGAUGAAGGUCAAGACAAACGCAAGUGUGGCCAACCCCGAGUCACUUGAUUGGUUCAGGGCUUGGCACGAGCAGCACCCCUAG